AUGGCGCUGUCCAAGCGACCGCUCACCAAGGAUACACCCUUGGUCGAAAGCAACAACAACAACAACUGCAACAACAACAACAACAACAAUAGCGGUAGCAACAAAUAUAAUGAUGAACACGAAACGGCAAUCAAACGCAAAAAGCGUUGCAGUCGCGAUGAUGAGUCAACCAACAACAAUAAUAACAACAACAGUAACAACAACAACAACAACAACAGUCAGAAUAGCAACAACAAAUAUGAAGAGAAGAGCGCAACGGCCAGCACACUGCCUCAGAAGAAGCGACAAUUGGCCGGCGGUGCUACAACAGCAACAACAGCGACGACAACAGGAGCAACAGCUACCCCCACACUCACAGCCAAGCUGAACGCCACAGGCGCCGCCGAUGCCGAUCAGGACGAUGAGACGCUAAUAAGAGAGACACAGGCGGCGCUUAAGAGCCUCUCCGGCAGCUGGCCAGAUGCCAGAGGCAAUCUGUAUCGGCUGCAGGAGCAGGACGAGAAUCCGCCGCCCUUCCAGAACCUCUUCGAGGAGAAACAAAAACAAAAGGAGAACGAUCAGGCUCAUCUAAAUUCCCACGCACAUGUCCAAGCCCAAUCCCAUGCCCAUGCCCAUGUCCAUGCCCAUGCCCACAUCCAUGGCCAUGGUCAUGUGGUUGGGGAUGAGCGGCUGAAGAAAUCGAACGGGGCGACAGCCGCCGCUGCCUUCUCGCAGGCGGCGUCCGCCUUCAAGCCGCCCAAUCCCGAUCUGAUCAAACGCAACGGCCAUCUGAGCAGUUAUGCGGGCACGCCCUACACAACCACCGCCUACAAUGCGGCAGCGGCCGCUGCAGCGGUUGCUGAAUCCGCCGCCGGUCUCGCCUAUUAUGGCUACACAGCCCAGCAUGCUGCUGCGGCGAUGGCAGCCGCCAGUCACCAUCAGCACGCGGCUGCUGGUGCGGCCAAUGGCGGCGGUGGUGGUGGCAUGGAUGUCAAUGGGUGUCUGCUGCCGCCACCGCCGCUACCGCCGCGUGGCACCAGUAGCUUCGACAUUGCCACACAUAUCGGCGGCACGACGGCCAACGAUGAGAAAUCGGCCGCCGCCAAACUGUCCGCUCUGAAGGAGACGGGCACGGGCUCGAGCGGUUCCGGUUCCGGUUCUGGUUCGGGUGCGGGAGCCAAACAGUAUACCAUAUUACAGCCGGCGGGCGUUGGCAGUCGGGCGGCCUCAGUGAUGCAGGAUAUAGCGCGCGAGGGCGUCCUGGGCGUGUCGCUGGUGGCGCCACCCUCGACGCCCGCCCCCAGCUACUCGCCCGGCAGUCAGAAUCGUGUGUUGGCUUUGCACGAGCAAAUUCUGAAAUGCCCCACACCCGGUUGCAACGGACGCGGCCACGUUCAGGCACAUCGCAGCGUGCAUCGCAGUCUUUCCGGUUGUCCUAAGGCUCUAAAACGCACAACUAAUGCCAAGCUGGUCCGAUUUAAAGUGAUUCCCAUAGAAACGGGCAUUGCCGAGGCUCAAUCCCAGGCCCUGGCCCAGGCCCAGGCCCAGGUCCAAGUGCAGGUGCAGGUCCCGGCCCUGGACGACGUCGAUGCCGAUGCUAAUGAUGAGUGCGAGUCGCAGCCCAAGGGUACAACGGUCGAAGCCGUGGACAGCACAUUGAAGUCGGGCAUUGCCGUCGAGCACGAGAAGGAGUUACAUCCUUUGGACAAACUAAAAAUCACAUCGAGCCAAUAUCUGAACAACAACAACAGCAACUGCAUCAACAAUAACAGCAGCAGUAGCAGCAGUGGAAGCACCAUGUCAAUUAUAAAAUCGGAAUACAGUCCCGUAGCAAGCAUCAAGUCCGAGUACAACAAGAGUCCGAUGCAUUUGUAUCUGACGAGCGAUGCGAAUGGCGUCGGGGCUGGCGCCGGCACAGGACCACGCUCCGUAGUCGCACCCAGUAGUGCGCAGAACUCCAGCAGCGCGCGCAGCAGCGGCGCCUCAGUCGUGCCCGCCACACCUGGCACAGCGGCCGACGGCAGUCAGUCCGGCCAGGGCGGCCAAACGCUAUCCAACGCCGAUUUGCAUGCGACGCAUUUGAGCGGCGUCCGAAGUGCUCCCAGUAACGAGCUAACCCGUUUCCAGCAACAACAACAGCAACAGCAACAACAACAUACGCUUCAUCAGCAACGCGGUCCCUUCAUUGAGGGUAACGCCACACUAAUGAGUGCCGGCGAUGCGGCCGAGACUGCGGGCUAUCAUACCGAUCCCCAACAGCAGCAGGCGGAGGAGCAGCGUCAGCAGCAGCAGCAACAGCAACAACAACAGCAGCAUCAGCAGUACGAGCAAAUGCGGUACGGACACAGCCACAGCCACAAUCACACGCUGGCCCUUGCCCCCGUCGAUAGUGUGGCCGUCGAUAAAUCGCCCUAUGUGGGUAGCGAGCUGCUGGCGAGCGCCGAUGGCAGUGCCAGCGAGCUGUCGCCGAGCGCUCGUAGUGCCUAUGCACCGAAUCCGCCCGCAUCGAUAUCGUCAUCGGUAACAUCGGCCUUCUCCGUGGAUUCGGUGGCCGCUUCGAGUGCCGGCGGCUUUGAGCGCUACGAUCCGAAUUGCUGUCCCAAUGGACAGCGUCAAGCAGCGCCCACAAACAUGUACCAUUACCUGCCCCAGACCGCGGACGAUCUUCAGGCGCAGCAGGAGAAAUAUCUGCAGGAGCAGCAGCUGAUGCUCGCCAAGGCCGAGCACGAUGAGUUGGCCAAUGGUGGCGGUCCCAUAUAUCCACGACCCAUGUACCAUUACGAUCCCACAAUGGGUCCCUUGCCGCCCGGCUUUUCCGCCAUCAAUCUAUCCGUGAAAAUGGCAGCAGCUCAGGCAGCAGCUGCAGCGGCCGCCUAUCAGAAUCAGCAACAGCAGCAGCAGCAACAACAUCAGCAUCAGCAGCAGCAACAACAGCAACAACAACAGCAACAGCAGCAACAACAACAACAGCAACAGCAUCAUACCAAGCAGAGCAGCUCACCGGUGCCCGCUGUGGGCGGUGGCGCUGCGCCCGCCGUCGACUUGUCGGGCUCCACAUCGGUGACAUCGUCCAGUCCACACGGUUUCAACUCUCCAGCCUCGCACAACCAGUAUAACCAGCGGAUGGGCAACGGCAGUCCGCAACCAGGCGCCAGUCCGAACAUUGCCAGUCCCCAGGUCCCCAGUCCUCAGGGCCAGACACUGGACCUGAGUGUAACGCGACUGCCACACAGCAUUAUUACCAGUCCACAAUACGGCGCACAUGCGGACGGACUUGUUGUGGGCCAUGGACAAGGCUUUGGAACUGCAGCGCCUGGCGCCAUAGGUCCCAGUGGGCCACCACGUUCCCCACAAAUGGAGCCGGUUGACUUCAGCGGACCGCCACGGCCGCUGGGCUUCGGCCUGGUUGGACAUAUUAGUGGACCGCGGCCGUACAGUCGCGAAUCGACACCGGACAGCGGCGGCUCGCACUAUAUAGACACAUACCGCGAUCCAAGUGGCUAUUCCCCACAUCCCGGCUACGGCAUGGUCGUGCAGUCUGACUAUCCACCAGCUGGCUAUCACGGAUAUGGCCCCGCUGCCUAUCAGUGUAGCAAUCCGUAUGCAACCACUGUGGGUCCCGGCGGCUAUCCGACACCCGUUUCCGGUGGCUAUUCGCCCAGUCCAGCUACCUGCUACUCGAUGCCACCGCCGCAACACAUACCGCAGCACGACAAGACAAAAGACGGUUUGACUGGCUGCUCUCGUUCCGAUCGCAAUCAUCUACAGUCGCACUCACAGGAGCUCAAGUGUCCGACACCCGGCUGCGAUGGUUCCGGACACGUCACCGGCAACUACUCUUCACAUCGCAGUCUCUCCGGCUGUCCACGAGCCAACAAGCCCAAGAGCAAACCGAGGGAUGGACAGGACUCGGAGCCGCUUCGUUGCCCCAUACCCGGCUGCGAUGGUUCCGGUCACUCCACCGGCAAAUUCUUAUCACACAGAAGUGCUUCGGGCUGUCCCAUAGCCAAUCGCAAUAAAAUGCGCGUCCUGGAGGCUGGGGGCACUGUGGAGCAGCACAAGGCCGCUGUGGCAGCGGCAACAGCCAUGAAAUUUGAUGCCUGCACCACAGUCAGCAGCCAGGGGAUAAAGAAACCCAAGUUCGAUGAGGUCACUAUGGUGUAUCCCAAGGGUUAUACAGGUGACGCUUCUCUUUCUGCACUAGGAAGCGGCAUGGAUAUCGUCAUUAGUGGAGUCGGUGUUGGUGUUGGCGUCGGCGUUGGCGUUGGCGGCCCAACGGCGGUGGCAUCGUCAUCCCUGCUGCCGAGCAACAGCUCCGGUUCCGGCGAUAAAACAAGCACGGGUGGUGCCGGCAACAGCGCCACCAAUGGGGACAACAGCCAUGGCGAGGAUCUCAACACUCUGGAGGCUGAGAUCUCGGAGCUGCAGCGCGAGAAUGCACGCGUCGAGUCCCAGAUGAUGCGUCUGAAGUCCGACAUUAAUGCCAUGGAGUCGCAGCUCAGCACCAGCGAUCGGGAGGCUUCUCCACUGAGCUCGCAUCAGCAGCGCGGCCCCACUGUGGUUUCGGCGGUCGCAGCGGCCAGCAGCAGCGUUGAGUCCUCACCGAUCAGCAGCAGUGGCAGUGGCAGCAGCAACCACACCAUCACCACCAUCACCUCGAGCAGCGGACGUAAUGGUAAUGCUGCCACCGCUAGCGGUGGGGUUGGCGGUGGCUAUCAACCGAAUCAGCACAAUCCGAGCAUGAUGUCCGCCCAUGUGGAUGCGAGUGGUGCCCACAAUGGGAACCUCAAUAAUUAUUACGAGAGUUUGCGCAACAAUGUCAUCACCCUGUUGGAGCAUGUGCGUCUGCCACCGCCGCCACCACCGCCGACGGCUGUCAGCAGCAGCAGCAGUGUGGGGGCCAGCGGUGGAGCGCAGCCCCAUAGCUUAGAUGGCAGCGGUAUUUGCACCACCGGGCAGCUGCCUGUGCCCACCUGCAUGCCAUCGAGCAAUGAGCAUGCGGCGGCUGCAGCCGCUGUGGCUUAUUCGACGCUGCUUCCACCACCGCCACCACCACCGCCGAGUGCCACACUGGCUUCGGUGACUGCGGUGGCGACCGCCACACCCAUGUACGGCCAUCAUGCCAAUACGCUGGGCGCACCGCCGUCCGGUGGUGCAGCACAACCGCCGCCGCCACCACCACCGCACGCCUACACGGUGCACCAUCCGGGUGGCUAUCCCCACCACCCGCACAGCCAUCCCCAUGAGCAUCUGGACUCCUACAUCUCCAAGCUGCAGUCCCUCUGCGUACCGCCCGAUGUAUACGCCCUGCCCGACGACGGAGUACGCCCCGUCUAUAACUCUGUGAAGCCCAAUAUGCACCAGGACUACAGCAAGCUGAUGCCCACGCCCAUCUAAGAUGUGUGUAAAUACCGUAGAGACCUACCGGGUGGAUUCCAUUGAUCUAAUUGGCAGAGUCUGGGCUUUUUGCUUGCAACUCAACUGUUUCUGAAUUCGACUCGUAGCUCCCAUUAAAUGGGUGCUAGGGGUAUAC